AUGAUUACUGAAGAAGAAAUUUCUACUGAAUUCAGUCCACAAGAUAAUAAUAAUAAUAUUACUAUUAAUAACAAUAAUGAUGAAAAAGAUCAACGUCGAUUAUCCUUACUAAAUGAUGCAAAUUAUGGAAUAAUUCUUUGUUUUCUUGAAAAAUUUCGGACAAUACUCGAUUUACCAAAGUAUUCAUUUCAACGACUUGAAGAUCAUUUGAUUAAUUAUCAAGAACGAAUUCCACCACGUCUGAUUGAUUUUCAUUUUAUUCUUCUUAAACGAUUAUCAUUAGCGAAAAAUACACAACGAGAUAAAUUUGAUUCAAUUAUUACUCGAUUUGCUUCUCGAUUUGAUUUAAAUGAUGCCGAUCAUUUAACAACAACAGGAUAUUUACAAGCAGAAAUUAAUGUUAAAAUUCGAAUUUUGAAAAAUUUACUUGAAAGUCAUUUUGAUCUAAAUCAAACAUUUACAAAAAUACUUGCUGAUAAAUCAGCAAGAGAAAUCAAAUCAAUAGCAUUAGGUCGUGAUCGUUUUGGAGUUUCUUAUUGGCUUUUUGUGGAUACAAAUUGUUUUGUACGUUUAUUUCGUGAAGAUAUUGAUAUCGAUCGAACAUGGAGUAAUGUUGCUAAAGAUCGAGAUGAAUUAGAAAAUUUUAUUAAAUUAUUAAUCACUGAUUCUGUUGUACGGAAGAAAUUCUCUGAUUGGGCUAUUGAUUACGAACCAUUUUCAUCGUUAUUACCAACGAAUGAUUUUGAAGAACGUUAUUUACCCUUGGUAGUAGAUACGAAACAUGAAGAAAAUGAUAUUGAAUCAACACCAACUGAAAAUGAAUCAGUAAAGAAAAGACGUGGACGACCGAAAAGUUCAAUAAAAUUAAUGAACAAUGAAAAAAAUCAUAUAGAAAUGGAAAUAAAACAAGAAGAAGAUGAGGAGGAAGAAGAUAUUGAACCAAAUUCAAAUGAUAAUGAAAAAUCUACUGAAUCAUCAAAGAAGAAACGUGGACGACCGAGGGGUUCAAUAGCAUCAUCAAAAAAGAUCGAUGUAAAAGUAAAACAAGAAGAAGAAGAAGAAGAUACUAAUCCAAUAUCAAAUGAUGAUGAAUCAAUGAAGAAGAAACGUGGACGACCAAAAACUUCAAUUAAAUCAUUAGCUAAAGAACAGAUUCAAAUGAAAACUGCGAUAAAAAAAGAAAAACAAGAAGUUGAAUUAACAUCAGAUCAAAAUGAAAUAUCUGAUGGAUUAACAAAAAAACGACCUGGACGUCCACCAAGAAGUUCAAUAAAGCAAAUUGACAUGAAGAUAAAAGAAGAAAAGGUUGAACCAAUAUCCAUUGAAGAUAUAAAAUCUGAUAUAUCAACAAAAAAAAGACGUGGACGGCCACGAAGUUUAACCAAACCAAUCGAAAUGAAAGAAGAAGAAAUUGAGCAUACGUCAAAUGAAGAUGAAGAAUUAGAUAUAUCUACAAAAAAACGACGUGGACGACCAAGAAGUUCAACAAAAUCAUUAACCAAAGAAACAAAACAAUCUGAUGUGCAUCAAAAAGAGGAAGUAAUAACUCCAGCUCGUAGAGGCAGAAAGCGUAAAAUCAUUACGGAAGAUAUUCAUAAUGAUGACGACGAUGAUGAUGAUUCUAAAAUGGAAGAAAAUGAUAAACAACAAGAUGAUUCAUCGGUUAGUCAUACUGAUCAGUCUAUACGUCGAUCAGCACGACCUCGAAAAUCGACAACAAUGGAACUAACACCAAAAGCUCAGUCACAGAUAUCUCAUGCUAAAAAGAAACGAUCAAUGAAUGGUAAAACAAAAACAUCCAAUAAUUCUUUAAAUCCUGCUAAAUCUAGUCGUUCUCGUCGUCGACGUAAGACAACUUCUCGACGAAAUAUAGACGAUGAUUUAUGUUUAUCAAGUUCAAGUUCCGAUGAACAUAUUGAUUAUUUAUCUGAUUAUGAUUCUGAUGAUUAUCUUCCGAAUUUAACUGAACUUGAACGUGAUGAAAAUUUUUUUCUACUUGAUGAAGAUAAUAAUCCAACUGGUGAAGAAUUACGUACAGCUAAAACAGCUCAAGCAUCAACAAUAAUAACAGCUUGUAAUGUUUGUUCAAAAAGUGAUCGUCCAGAAGUCUUAUUAUUAUGUGAUGAUUGCGAUGAUGCUUAUCAUUUGGAAUGUUUACGUCCUAUACUUUUAUCUGUACCUGAUGGUGAUUGGUUUUGUCCAUUAUGUGAACAUAGAAAAUUAUCAAAUUAUUUAAUAGAAAAAUUAAAAGAUUUAUUAAUUAAUUUUAAUCUUAUUGAAACAAAACGUUUAGAACGUGAUUCAAAAAAAUCACUUCAACGAAAAUUAAAAAUUAAAGAAUAUACAAGUGAUGAAAGUAUAACAGCAUCAGAAUCUGAAUAUGAAAAUCUCGAAAAUACUCUUCAUGGUGAUGAAUCAAUGCUAUCAAUAAGUCAAACAAAUGAAAAUAGUAAUAUUUCAUCAUCUUAUUUUGAUGAUUCAAAUAAAAAUAUUAGUCAACGUGGUCGACGUCGACGUACACGUUUUGAUAUGAAUAAAAUGCUUAAUGAUGAAGAUGAUGAAGAUGAUGAAGAUAAUGAUAAGGACGAUGAUCAUGAUCAUCAUAAUGACAAUGAAUCGGAUAAAAGUCAUUCAGAUACAGAUGAAGAUGAUGAAUAUAUUGAAAAUACAACACAUACAACUAAUUUUGAUUUACAACUACCGAAAAAAAUGACACGUUUACUCAAUAAUCGUUAUCGACCAAUAGCAAGAAAUGAUCAACGAUUUAGACCAAAACCUAUUGCACCACGUUUAUGUCAUACAUCAGUUGAUUUAAAUGAAAAACUUGGAUCACCAAUAAUUUAUGUUAAUGGUGAUGGUAAUUCUCAUCAAAUAAAAUCUGUUAUAACAAAUUCUAAUCAAACAUUAAAAAUUGUACGUCGAUGGAAUGAUGUUCAACGACGUAAUAGACUUCGAACAAAUAAUUUAAAAUUACUUAAUGAAACAACAUCUGAUUGUGCCGAUGAAAAUUCUGUUUUUUGUCCUGAUGAUUCAUCACCACCACGUUCAAACGAUAGUAAUAGUAAUCAUGAUAUAAAAGAAGAAGAAGAAGAAGAUUCAACAAUAAUUCGAUCAAAAAUAACUUUAGCUCAACCAGCUAAUUUAUUACCAAUUUAUAAAAGUUCAACAAAAAAUAUUGUCAGAAAAAAUGAAGUCACUUUUGAUCGACUCACUCGUGAUAUUCAAUAUGCAGUGAGUGAAGCAAAUACUUUAUCAACAACACCUAAAACAAUAGAUCAACAAAAUAUGAAACGAACUCAAAAAACAAAUUUUUCGCCAUAUUUGACAAAAAUUGCACUUCGUCCUCUUCCUGUACUUUUACCCAAACCUGCCGGUGUUGGAUAUAAGAUUUUUAAAUCUAAAGAUCCACCUAUUUCAACAUCGUUGACUACGACAACAACAACUACGACUAGUAGUGAUCUUUCGAAUAUUAUCCUUACACCAUCAUCAUCAUCUUCUUUACUUGAUGGCAAUGAUGAACAAUCAACAGCACCAAUGAAUACUUGA